AACGAAUAACGACACCGCGUCCCCUUAUCGCUCAGUUUUUCUCUUGCAAUUGUCGGGUUUUCUCCUUCCAUCCGCAUUUUCACACGUAAUUACCGUGAUUUAUAUCUUGUUUUUAUAUUAAAAACAAUUUAAAAUCAAACCAAAGUGUAAAGUGAUAGAAAAAGCUCAGUCGAAGGUGACAUAAUCAAUCUCAGGAGAGAAACGUAAAAUAUUUACAGUUAUCAACAAAAAAAAAUCUCUAAAAAAUGUCGAAUAAACAGACGAAAAAGCAGAAUAAGCAACAAGCGCAACAGCAACAACAACAGAAAAAGGAUACUAAAAAGCAGGGAAAGAACAAGAAAUCAUCGUCAAAAUCUUCGUCAUGCCUGCCCUUGUUGUUCGGUAGUUUUGUCUUGUUUGGUGCCAUUGUCGGACUUUUGGUCUACGACACAAACACAACGGGCAAAGGUGUCUUCGAAAAGUCCACGGUUGGUAAGGUGUUAAAGGACACCGGUGCCUUGCCAUACGUCGAAAAGGGAUUUACUUGCACGAUGAAAUACGGCGCUCGUGGCUACAAAUGGUCCGAGAAGAAUGUUCCCGUUUAUUACAACUCAACUUGCAAGUUCUUGUCACCAUACGUUGAAAUCGGAAAGGAUUUGGGUAAAAUCGCCUUGAACGGUGCGAAGAACGCAUGGGCUGCCACUGUGACUUAUGUGCACGCUAAAACUCCAGUCGUCGUGAAAUUUAUUGAACAAUAUGCCCCUGGCUUGCCAGAAAAGACCUCAAACUUCUGCUGCUCAGCAUGGAGUAACCUCAAGACUGUGACAUUAAAUACUUACAACUUUGUCGUCGAGUUCUUCAAGACCAAAGUCUUUGUUGGAUCUCUAUCGCCCGAAAACUUAGGAAAAAUGUUGAACUCCACUCAACAAUCCGUUCAUGUUUACUGUGACCGGUUUCACAAACAAGUUGACUACUAUGCCAAAUUAAAAUGAAACUAAUUAGGACUUGCUUGGCUGACUCACUGCAUUUUUUUUCUUCGACAACAACAAGGAUUUCUAUCAUCAUCAUAAAAAAAAUAGUGUAAAAUUUUUUCGUCUUAAUUGUUGAUUUUUUUCAUAUAUUUUUUUUCGUUUUUUGAUUUAAAAAAUUUAAAAUUGUACAAAAUAGAUUUUUUUACCUCUUAUUUAAACAUAUAAGACCAACAAAAGAACAAUUAUUAUUAUUUUUUUCAUAAAAUGACCAAAUUUCAUGUCAUUCCAUGUUUUUUCUUGCUUUUCUGAUUUAAUUUAACCACACAAAACUCCAAGAGUUUUUAAAUAGAAAUUCCUCCUUGACCUACAACAUACCUUAAUUUAUUUAAGUUUAAGACAAGUUUUGUUAAUUUUCCUGCAAACUGACAGUCAUUCCUCAAAAAGCAUUGUAACUUUCUAGCAUCUUUUUAUAAUUUUUGUUGCGUGAAUCAUUUUUUUUCGUGGUAGAAAAGAAAUUGGAGGCACGUUUGUCCUUUUUUUGUACGUAUAUAAUUAAAUAAAUUU